GUGGUGUGGGGGCUGCGAGGCAGGAUGGUGAGCCUGUUGGUGUUCAUCUCACUAUAGUGUGAAUCUGUCUGUGUGUCCAAAAGUUGCAGAAGUCCUUGUACUUGUGCGAAUGUUUUAAAAAAAAAAAAUCUGCAGACUUUCAACCUUCUGUUGCAUUUUUCGGAAACACGUUUCUUCCUGAAAAUUCGUAUUAAGCAAAAUCAUUAUGAUUCAACAGAUUGAACCACCUGUUCCCUCGUUUUGUGUCCAUGCUGACAGUGUGAGGAUCUGCAGUGGUGGUGGUUCCCUCCCUCACCCUCAUGAUAUGAUUGUUUUCCCCUCACGUAAGAAAAAGUGAGCCUCCCUCCUGUGUCAGAAAGAGAGAGGAGGGCGCCGAUGAAGUGGGGAGGAAACGGGGAGUGCUGUUUUGUUUCUCUGUGGGAUGAGUUUGACGGGUCCUCUCCACUAACAUGCUGUCAUUUCCUUUAGCUGCCUGAGGAGGAGAUGAACAGCAUAGACGCUAUCAGGGUCAACACAGAUAGAGCACUAAGUAAAUCUGCAGGCCACAUUUAACCGGUACAACAUACUUCCUGUGGUCGAGCUCUAUAAACACAUGAGAGGGAAGGAACACAGACACACCAUGAAAAAGAUUUACAUUGGCAAAACUGCCUUAAAAGUCCCCCGAAAUGGCGGCAAACACCCCAAAAAGAGCUCUUUGCUGGAGCAGAAGGAGGAUUUGCGCAAGAGGCUGUCUUACACCACGCAUAAGCUGGAGCUGCUGCAGAGCGAGUUCGACUCCACGCGACAGUACCUGGAGACGGAGCUGCGCAGGGCCCAGGAGGAGCUGGACAAGUUCACAGAUAAGCUGCGCAGAAUACAGAGCAGCUACUCUGCCCUGCAGAGGAUCAACCAAGAUCUGGAGGAGAAGAUCAACAGAAACUCGCAGCAUCACGACGAUGAAAAACGAGCUCUGAGCAGAGAGAUCAUCGUUCUCAACAACCACCUGAUGGAGGCGAAGCUCACCAUCGAGAAGCUGCAAGAGGACAAUGACAUGUACAGAAAGGAUUGCAACCUGGCGGCUCAGUUGCUGCAGUGCAACAAGUCUCUGUACGGCGCCCAGCUGUCGGAGCUGCCUGCUGACUUCCAGGAGCGAUUAUCCAUGCACCUGGAAGAGUCUCCUCUCUGCCACAGCUACCCAGACUCAGUCCAAGGAUCUCUCAUCUCCAAAGUGCUCGAGAAACCAGAUGAAGCCUGCAGCAGCAGUCAAGCCUCCCGGUCACCAAGCCCUCCAGCCCAGGAACAGGCUUUUAUUUUGGAGAGAUUGGGUCCUGGGGAUAGACUGGGGCUCCGCGCAGCCUACAAAUCUGACCUAUAUAGUAGUGACACAGCCCUGUACUGUCCCGAUGACCGUCAGAGGGAGAGGAGGCCCAGCAUGGAUCUUCACGGUCAGAGGACGAUGCUGUACGGUCCCCAGAACUCCACCGACAGCACCCCAGAGGACGAUUCAGGGGGAAUGAGAGCCACCUACUCCCAGGAGCAUUUUGCUAAGUUCCCCACCACGGUGGGUGGAGGCUCCAGUUCCUAUUCCAGUUUCAGUGGAGGGGCCUCUGAAGACAAAGGGAAUGGUCCGCCCAGCAGUGCAGCGUCCUCCCCGCAGCAUCACUCCCUGUACAUGGACUGGAGGGAUGCAGGGGACUAUGAGCGAGGCAGCGACACAUCUUGGGAUGGGGACAGUCCAGGAAGCUUUGCCAACGCUCAUCCUUUCCAGCAGACUGAGCUGAGCCACCACCAGAACGGCAGCUCGCCGGUUUACAGCCGCACCAUGUCCUCCUGCUUCAGCGAGCCCUACGAGCCGCUCCCUCCAUCCUCCUCCCCGAGCGUCGCCUAUGGAGACAGCCGGCGAGGCAGCACGUUGGCCCCAGAAGAGGAGGAGCUGAUCGGUCGAUGGAGACAGCUCAGCGUUGACGACUUGAGCGCCCACAGCUACCGCAGCCCCGGCCGAGCCUCGCCGUACAGCUUCUCGGAGCAGCACUUCUCCGUCCGCCCCGCCAAGAUCCGGCUGGGCCCGCUGUACAGCAGCUUCCAGGAGGGCGCAGACUACUACCAUCAAGCAGCGGGGGCCAUGGAUGCGGUGUGGGUUGGUGCCAGCCCCGAAUGCAGCCCAGGUCUGCGGCAGGCCCACAGCCAAGCCCACUUAUAUCAAGCGGAAGGCAGCCAAGGGUCAGAGCACAGCCUCUACCACUCAGGAAGCUCCAAAGACCGCGAGGGCAACGUUGCAGCCGGGGGCCAGAGCACCGAUUACGCAGACCCCAGCCCCAACAGCUCCACGGAGUCUCUCCAUCAGAGGUCGCUCGAGAUGGCUGCAGAGCUCUACCAAGCAGAGAUGCACGACUUCCCUGCACAAGUGGGUCCUUCGUCACCGUCCAACCCAAACCCCCCAUCACCGUACAAGCAGAAGUUUGGCACUCUGGGACUCACCAGGAAGGACAGUCUGACAAAAGCCCAGCUUUACGGAACACUUCUGAACUGAAGGGCCUUCCGUCAGGUUUUGGCUUUGACCCGACAGAACACAGGGCUGCGGUGACUCCUGUUGGCACGAAAGCAGCCCGGGGAGCAGCAGGAGUCAGAUUAAUAAUGAGGAUUUACUGCGAUGGCUUGUUUAGGGAGGCAGAGAGGAACCUGUGGAACAAUCAACUCAAAAAUGUACAAAUAUAUACUAAACAAAUAUUGAGUGAUAUAUUUUGUAUUUAGCUGUAAUCAACAAUCUUAAACAACUGCAAGUCUUCUUGGUAAUCACAAAAAAUGUACAUAAAUACAAAUAUAUUUAAAAACUCAGAUUAGAGCCUAUAGACACCCUUCCCCAUAGAUUCCAGAUUAGUUUUAGUCAUUACAGAAAAUUGAAUGAGGGGUUGAUAAAUUCAAAUGAAUCUCCAAACUUUUCUUUUUCUUCUGUUUACUGGAUUUGACGAUAUUGAUGAGUGUGUUUUGUUGUGAUGGAACGUUCCAAGCUGUAAACUUCUGUCUUAGCAGUCAAUGCUUCUCUAUCUUUUGCUCUUCUGUAUCUCUGAGAGGUUUUCCUUUACCCUCCCAUUCUACCUCAGAUUGGAACUCCCACACCCAGCUGAGCCUCUGUGUCCCUGUUUCUUUAACGAUGAUGCACGUUUAUAUAUAUUUUGAUGGUUUUGUUCACCUAAUAAAGCACAAACUAUACUGAAAAGAUCUUGGAAUUUGUUUAUUUUUGCAUCUUGGAGAUCUAAAUUAUUUUCCUAAAAAACAUUUUUUUUCAAAGAUGACACAAAUAUCUUUUUUUUAAGUUAAAGAAAUUAAAAAAAUAUUCUAAAAUCUGACGGGGGCAGUUUGGGUAAUGUCCUGUUUUGCUUAAAAUUAGAUGUUAAAAUUAGAUUCCUUUUUUUUUUUACUUCUUAAUGACUAAAAUUUAAUUACUUUUUUGUUUCAAGGAGGACAGACAGAAAAAGGGGAUGAUAAUUCAAGUUGUAGCUUCAGGUGAAACUAUUCCUGCUCAUAAAUUUUUCAAAAAGUUGUCACUCUAUAGAAAAACACCAAAAUUAUUCAAUGCUAUGAGCUACGGAGCCCUUAAAGCGACAAUGAAAUAAAAAAAAUAAAGUGAAAA